GGGCACAAGUAUAGCCGCAUUAUUUAAACUCCAUAGCUAUCGAAAACAAGGAUCUCAGCAACUCAACUCAACUCCUUCUUUGGGAUCCAUGAGAGUGCGUUUCAUUAUAUGUUAAUAAUUAUCUAAGUUAAUCGUAUUAAGAUGGCACCUCGUAAAGGAAAGGUAAAGGAAGAACAGCCUGUUGUUGCUCUUGGACCUCAAGCUUUAGAAGGAGAAAAUGUGUUUGGUGUAGCACACAUUUAUGCAAGUUUUAAUGACACAUUUGUUCAUGUGACAGAUUUAUCUGGAAGGGAAACAAUAGCACGUGUAACUGGUGGUAUGAAAGUGAAAGCUGACAGGGAUGAAGCAUCUCCAUAUGCAGCUAUGUUAGCUGCCCAAGAUGUUGCAGAAAAAUGUAAACUUGUCGGAAUAACUGCAUUACAUAUUAAAAUCAGAGCUACUGGUGGAACAAGAACUAAAACACCUGGACCAGGUGCACAAGCAGCCCUAAGAGCUUUAGCCCGUAGCGGAAUGAAAAUUGGGCGAAUAGAGGAUGUGACACCUAUUCCAUCUGAUUCAACUCGUCGGAAAGGUGGAAGACGUGGUAGACGUUUGUAAACACCUGCAAAAAUCUGUUAAAUAAACGUUAAAAAAUUAC